CGGAAUUUCAUUAGAAUGCUUCGCAAAAUGCUGAAGCUUCAAUUUUUAAUUUUAUUUUUCGGUAGUGUAACUUUGUGCUUAGCAAAUGUCAUAAAAGUUCCAAAAGUUACUCGUGAGGAUGCUCAAAUAUCGUGCAGCUAUCAAGCACCUACAGGUCUCAGUGGAUACACAUGUAAUCUUAAUAUUCACAAUCCAAAUGGUCAUAAUGACUUUACAAACGUCGAUGGAGAGCAUUUAGAAGGUUUUGGAAAUGCUGAUGUUGAGAGACUUUAUAUCACAUACCAAAAUACCACAAACAUUCCAUCAAUAAUUUGCGAACAGUUUCCAAAUAUUUUGGAUUUAAUUAUUGGUUCAAGUCAUAUACGAAGCCUUGACGAUGGUUCAUUCGCUGGAUGUUCACGGCUUGAAUUCUUGAUGGUGUCUGGAAAUGAAAUUCAGUCACUUCCACAGAACAUAUUCUCACAAAAUUCAAACCUUGAAGUUGCUAUUUUGGAUGACAACAGAAUUGAGCAAAUCAGCAAUGAUGUGUUUGCAGGCACUCGACUAAGCUACAUCGACCUUGGUAAAAAUUCACUGACAUUCUUUAACCCAAAUUGGUUCAGUGGAAUUGAAGAUACAUUAGAAGUCUUGCUGCUCGAUUACAAUCGCAUUUUGGGAUUUUCGUCAUUUGUGUUUGACAGAUUCGUAAACUUGAGGGAACUUGACAUCUCAGUCAAUAAAGGAACAGUUCUUUAUGGUCAAGUGUUUUUUGGUUUAAGCAGCUUACGAAGAUUGUACAUGAAUUCAAUAGGUUUAACAACAAUUGAUCCAGCAUGGUUCAGACCAUUGACUGCCAUUGAGAACAUUCAUUUGUCUUACAAUCAGAUCCGAGACAUUCCAGACAAUUCAUUUGAUGGCUUAUCGACUCUUCAAACUUUAGAAUUAUCAACAAACAACUUAGCAUUUGUAAAAGCUUCAAUAUUUGGCAGUGCAAUUGCAAACAUCCGAUACUUACACUUGAGUUAUAAUAGAAUUGUUGCAUUAGACCAGGAACUAGUAAACAAUGCUGAGUCAUUGAUGUGGUUACUGCUUUUAGGUAAUGACUGUCUGAACAGAAAUUACUACAAUGUUCCUCUUGAUCGUGACCAAAUGAACGAGGAGCUUCAGCAAUGCUUUACAAAUUUCAUCGGAUCAGCUCGAUGUCUGUACGUUGGAAUGCUUUGGUUCCCAUACGAGUGUGUCCUGUACAUCAACAACCCAGUUGGUAAUGACUUUGAGACAAUUGAUGGAACUCAUUUGCCUGGAAAUACAGACAGUGAUGUACUGGUUCUUGAAGCUAUUUAUCAGAACACAAGGAACUUCCCGUCUGUAAUUUGUAGGCAGUUUUCAAAUGUUGAGGAUAUUUACAUGGAAGAGAAUCAGAUUGAAAUCAUUGAAGCUGAUGCCUUUGCAGCAUGUGAAAAUUUAUGGCGAAUUAUUUUGUCAUUCAAUAGAAUCACAAGGAUUCCUGACGGACUAUUCCAGAACAGUCCAUUGUUGACCAUAUUUGAAGCAUCUGUGAAUGAAAUCAGCCAAAUUGGAGUCAAUGCCUUUGUUGGGACACAGAUUAGAGUAUUUGGUCUUUCAAACAAUCAAAUCAGUGACUUUAAUCCUCACAUUUUUGAUCCAAUAUCCAGCAGCUUACAAGAAUUGUAUCUAACAUCAAAUCAAAUCACUUCACUUCCACCUGGAGCUUUUAACAGACUCAACAACCUUUCAGAAUUGGAUUUGGGAAGCAAUAGUCUAAGAAACAUUCCUGCUGAUGCCUUCAGAUACCUUACAAGACUUGACAGCUUACUUUUAAUGAAUUGCAGCAUCGAUGAACUUAAUCCUGAAUGGUUUGCCAGUUUAAAUGCAUUAACGGAACUCCGACUUGAUAACAAUAACAUCCAUGAGAUUCCUGAAAAUAUCUUUGCAAACAUCCAGCAACUUACAAUAUUCUCAAUGGCUGGAAACUCAAUUCGAAAUGUCCAUGGAUCGUCAUUUGGUAAUUUGACAGGUCUUAUCUACUUUAUGGCCCAAAGCAACCGAGUUCGUGCUUUUGAUAGUCAAAUUUUUGAUCAAGCACCAAACCUUCGUAUGCUUAAUAUGGAUGGUAAUGUUUGUGCUAAUGAAAAUUACAAUACAGUGUUCCAAAAUCGAGAUUUAGUAAGAUCAGAAAUGGCUAAUUGUUUCCAAAUGUUUGAUGGAUUUAUGGAAUGUAGAUACUAUGACAGCUUCGUUUACUUCUGUCGACUGACGAUCCAAAAUGUUCAAGGACGAAAUGACUUUACAGAAAUUACUGGUGACCAUUAUGAAGAUUUAAGCAACAAUGAUGUCCGAUUUGUUGAUGCUGAAGUUCAGGAUACGAGAAAUAUUCCAUCAAUAAUUUGCCAGCAAUUCCCAAAUUUGGAUGAAUUAUUUAUCCAAGAGAGCCACGUCCGUGUCAUUAAUGAGCAAUCAUUUGAAGACUGCAGACAUUUAGCAUUUUUGAAUAUCAAUGGCAAUGAAAUCACAUCCAUUCCUGACUUUACAUUUAUUAACAAUCCAAAUAUAUUCACAAUUGAAAUGUAUAACAAUCGGAUAUCCAGAAUCGAACCAAAUGCAUUUGCUGGGUUAGAAAUGGAACUAAUUGACUUGGAAGGGAACUUUAUAACUGAAAUUGAUGGUCGAUGGUUUGAACCAUCAAAACAAUAUUUAACUUAUAUCUACAUGGCAGGUAACAGAAUCAGAGACGUUCCUGAAGAUGCAUUCGAAACCCUCAGUAACCUCAUGUCUCUCGAUCUUGGACUUAAUCCAGAAUUAAGCUUGACUCCACAUGUCUUCCAGCGACUUCAAGGUCUACAAAGAUUAUAUUUGGAUGGAUGUGGAAUCAGUGAAAUUAAUCCACUAUGGUUUAAUGGGCUACAGGAACUGAGAUUUUUGUUGAUGAAUGAAAACCAAAUUGAUAAUUUGCAGCCUGGUGUUUUUGACAACCUCCCAACACUUUACACUUUAGAUCUUGGACUAAAUCGAAUCACAAUGGUCCAUUCAGAUUCUUUUGGAAGCACUCUAUCAAACCUACUACAUUACUACAAUGAUGGAAAUCCAACAACCUCAAUUGAUCCUGACUUUUUCGAUAAUGCUGUUAAUCUUAAUUACUUGUUCCUUCUUAACAACGAGUGUGCUAAUCGCAAUUUUUAUGGAAUUACAUUCAAUCGUGAAUCAAUCAGAGUAGAACUUGCUGAUUGCUUUGAUGGAUUUGCUGUACGUGAUCCAUUGAGAUGUGUUCAUAGUACUGGACCUAAUAAUAUGCUUAAUUGUUUGUUAACGGCUCAUAAUCCAAGUGGACAUGAUGAUUAUGAAGAAAUUGAGCAAGCUGAUGGAGUUUUAAAUGCUAAUGUUGGACUUAUUCAAUCUAUUGGACAGAAUACAAGGAUUGUUCCAAGAAUCAUUUGCGCUCAGUACCCAAAUCUUCAUACUGUUUCAUUUGUUAACUCGAGAGUUCAAACGUUGACUGCUGGUGCCUUUGAGAACUGUGCACAGUUAGAAUCACUUAAUUUAGACUACAAUUACAUCACAACUGUCCCAUCUGGAAUAUUCAGCAACAACUCAAGAUUAAGAGAAGUUGUAUUUAUGGCCAACAGGAUUCAUACCAUUGCUGAUAAUGCAUUCACAGGAUCUGUGCUGUCUACUUUGUAUCUUGGCAACAAUCGAUUGACCACAGUUAACAGAAACAUGCUUAAUGGAAUUGAAGGAACCUUAGAAAAUAUUCAUUUGUACCUAAACAACUUGCGUGACUUGUCAGAAAACUCAUUUGAUGGUCUUCAAAGUCUACGAAUUCUAGAUCUUGGUAUCAAUACACAAAUCAGACUUCCUGCUAACAUCUUUCAGUCACUUAUAAACCUCAGCAUUUUAUACUUAGAUAGUGCUGGAAUCGAUACACUUAACCCAAACUGGUUUACACAUCUUGAAAGCCUUCGUGAGCUUGACAUCUACAGAAACAACAUCAGAGUGCUUCCAGAGAAUAUUUUUGCAAACCUAACGUCACUACUCACUCUCCUUGUCAAUCUUAAUCCAAUCGAAACAAUCAAUUCAAAUAUAUUUGGCGAUAAUCUGAGAAAUAUUCAAUUUAUAAAUGCUGUUGGAUGCAGAAUUAGUGCCAUUGAUGAGCGAAUGAUUGAUGAUUCUGAUAGUUUGGAUAUCCUGUACUUAUAUGACAAUGUAUGUACAUCUAGUAACUUCUACAAUGUCUUCAAUGAUCGCGAUACAGUAAGGGAACGUCUGCAACAUUGCUUUGACAACUUCCGUGGAUCAAUUGAGUGCUAUUACAAUAGAAAUGCAUUACAAGAGUAUCAAUGUACUAUGCUGAUUAACAAUGUUGCUGGACAUAACCAAUUUACAGAAAUUCCUGGAGAACAUGAGGUAAAUGUUAAUGACAAUAGUGUCAUGGCUGUUCAGACAAUCUAUCAGAAUACUAGGAACAUUCCAUCAAUCAUUUGUGACCAAUUUAAUAGUUUAAUUGAAAUUUUUAUUGAAGACAGUCAGGUUGAAUCAAUAACUGUUGGCAACUGCCCAAAUCUACAGAUUCUUAUCCUAGCUUACAAUCAAAUCACAACAAUUGAAGCUGGAACUUUCGCCAACAAUCCAAGAUUGCACCUUGUUGAUCUUCAUUCAAACAGAAUCGUGUCAAUUGCUGACAAUGCAUUUGCUGGGUCUGUUUUAUCAACAGUCAAUUUUGGAUUGAAUCCAUUGGCCACAUUCAAUUCAGCUUGGGUAGCUUCAAUCAGUGGAACAUUGAAGGAUCUUCGACUUUAUGAGAGUCAAUUGAUGUCCAUUCCUGAAUCAGCAUUUGAGACUCUUACAGCUCUUGAGUAUCUUGACAUUGGACUCAAUCCGAACAUUAACAUUUCACCUGGUGCCUUCAGCAACCUCCAGAGCCUUCAAAGUUUAUUUAUUGACUAUAAUGGAUUAAGAACAAUUCAGCCACAAUGGUUUGUCAGCCUUCCAGCUCUUCGUGAUCUGCAUUUGAAUGCUAAUAACUUGAGAGUGCUUCCAGCUGAUUCCUUUAAUAAUUUAAACAUCACAUAUUUAUCAAUUCGUGGCAACAGAAUAUCCACAAUCAAUUCAAACUCAUUUGGAAGGUCUUUAAACUUAAUUGAGAGUUUUUAUGCAAUUGAUAAUCAAAUUAAUGCUAUUGACAGGGAGUUCUUUGAUCAAGCUUUAGGUUUGGAUAUGCUUUAUUUGUUGAACAAUGUCUGUGUUGAUCGUAAUUUUAGAGAAGUUUUUGAGAAUCGUGAAUAUGUUAAUGAAGAAUUGAGUCAAUGCUUUGAAAAUUUCGGCAGUUCUUAAUUUAUAUUCAGGAAAGAUUUUUUUUUGUAAAUUUGUUGAAUUUAUGUAAAAAAUAAAGAUAUUAUUUG